AUGAUCCCUUCACCCCGGCGGGCAGCUUCGACUCCCGCUGUACACACCUUGUCUGAAGACUGGGACGAUGACGAAGGAUGGCAAGAUAUGCCAGUUGUCCGCUCAGAGGCAAACCCUUUCGGUCUCGACGACGAGGAUCAAAAAAAGUAUCACUAUCAAGCCCCUAUCCGCCUUGAAGACGACCCCUCCUCCCCGAAUCCAGCUGGGGCUGGCAACGCUACAGGCGCCCAUCUUGAGCUCGAAGGUGAAACUGCCGCCACCGGUUCAUGGCGGGCCAAAAUUGAUCAGGACGAAUCUGAUUACACCCGCUUGAGGCUGGACGAGGAUGAGGAGAGUGAAGAAGUGCAUAUGAGGACCCGGUAUCUGUUUGAUGAGGACAAGGCGAUGACACCGUUGAGUCAGAUGCAAGCGACGAAAGAGCUUUUGACGGAGGGACAGAGAAUCGCGUAUGUGGGUCUCUGUCAAUUGAUCAUGCGGCGGAUGUUGCGUGACAUGGGCAGAGGCUGGGAAGGAUACAAGGCAAAGAAGGUGUUAGGCAUCAAAGGCGGCAAAUCUGAAGUGCCGGUGGUGGAGAGUGGGCAUAUAUGGAUGCUCAAGAUUAUGGCGAGGCUGUAUCAGCACAUGGAGCUCAGCAAAGAUGAACAACGCAUGAUUGAGAGCCUGGCAGAGCAUGGCGUCGACCCCUCUGAUCUGGUACCCGCUCUGAUGACCACCCACACUGUCAAUAACCCCGACUACGACCCUAAAGAAAAGCAGCGAGCAGACUUGGAGGAAGCCGGAAUAAUAGAACAGCAAGCCGAUGCUGAGACCCUCCGCGAAGAAAAGUCUCGGCGAGAGAGUCAUGAAGCGGAAGAGGUCUCCGAUACAGAGACCGAAGCGCCUCCUCCUUACUCUCGGCGAGAGCAAAUAGAAAGCGUUGCACCUACGCAAUCCAGCCAGAAAUCACCAGAUUUGGAGCUGUCGUCAAAGCCUAUUAAUCCUUUUGGGUUUGAUGACGAUGACGAAACCGACAUGUCCAUCCCUGCACCGUCAUUCAAGUCUCUCAAGUCCCGCGAGCCUCUUGCCUCUACAUCGCCCAAGAGCGUCAAUCCUUUCGGGUCGGACGACGAGGAAGAUGUACCGCCGCCCCCUACCAUAAAACGAACGCCUUCUUCUGAUCCCGUUGGGGAUUACAGUGGUGACAUCGGUGGUGCUCUUUCACCUCCUCUGUCCUCGACCGAAUCGACGGCUUCACCCUUCUCUCCUGCAGAACCUUCUCUACCCCUCACUCCACCCAAGACUGCUAAAUCCGGAGAUGAAAAAGCAGCGCCGGCCAAAACGGAAGAAGACAUGGAUGAGAAGGCGAAAGACUUGGACGAAGGAGAAAAGACUCCCAAGAAUGAUCCCAAUGUUCUCUUUGACGCGGCAGAUCGCCAAGCGCCCGCCCCCCUUCCAUCCUUGCCCGGCGUCUCGACUUCUCUGUCGACCACAGAUCAGCUGGUAACCCUUGAUAUCCGUUGGACAAUCCUAUGUGAUCUCUUCCUCGUCUUGAUUGCCGAUGCUGUCUUUGAUGCUCGGUCAAGGACGUUCUUGACACAGGUCGCCGCAGCCUUGGGCUUUGACUGGUUAGACGUAGUACGCUUUGAAAACAGAGUGACGGAGGCUUUGGAAAUACAGGAAGGCAUGGAGAAGAAGGAGCAAAAGGAGAUCAUCGAUGGAAGAAGAAAGGCAGCUAGAAAUAAGAGAUAUGCCAUGAUGGGCGCUGCUGCUCUGGGUGGUGGUUUGGUCAUCGGGCUUUCCGCUGGUUUGAUGGCACCGCUUAUCGGAGCUGGUCUUGGCGCCGCUUUCACAACAGUCGGCAUCACUGGGACUACCGGAUUUCUGGCUGGUGCCGGCGGUGCGGCUGUCAUCACCACAGGUGGAGUCUUGACUGGCGCCAAUAUCGCUGGAAGAGGAAUGGCUAGAAGGACGAGAGAAGUGCGAACGUUCCAGAUGAAACCUCUCCACAACAACAAGAGGGUCAGCUGUUACAUUACCAUGGGAGGAUUCAUGGCCAGUAAAGUCGAUGAUGUCCGGCUCCCGUUUUCAGUUCUCGAUCCAUCUGUUGGUGAUGUGUUUUCGAUCCUGUGGGAGCCAGAGAUGAUGGAAGAGAUGGGCGGCGCCCUCAAAAUCUUUGGUUCCGAGAUCUUGACGCAAGUCGGUCAACAAGUUUUACAGGCUACAGUCAUGACUGCCCUAUUGAGCGCUUUACAAUGGCCUUUGAUCCUCACCAAACUCGGGUACCUCAUCGACAAUCCUUGGUCAAACGCCCUCGACCGCGCGAGGGCAGCAGGUCUUCUUCUGGCAGAUGUGAUCAUGCAGCGCCACGCUGGUGUUCGUCCUAUCUCACUCAUCGGAUUCUCCCUGGGCGCCCGUGCGAUCUUCUACGCCCUCAUCGAGCUGGCCCGAAACAAGGUUUACGGGCUCGUCCAGGAUGUCUUCAUAUUCGGCACCACCAUCACUGCAUCUCGAACCACCUGGCUAGAAGUGCGUAGCGUGGUGGCUGGACGGUUCGUCAAUGGGUACGCCACAAACGAUUGGAUGCUUGGGUACCUCUUCAGAGCCACGUCUGGCGGUCUAAAUACUGUGGCGGGAUUGAGGCCGGUCGAGUCCGUGCAAGGACUGGAGAACGUGGACGUGACUGAGCUCAUUACUGGCCAUAUGAGCUACCGAAGCUGUAUGCCACAACUGCUGAAAAAGGUUGGCUUCCCUGUCACGGCAGAAUACUUUGAUGAACCCGAGGACCCCGACCUUGAUAUGAGCGUCCAGGAGCGAACGAUCGUCAACGAAGCCGAAGAAGAGGCAAAAAAGAACCGCAGAAAGAUUCUUGGGAUCUUCCCGGUCAAGCAGACAUCUUCGUCGAACUCUGGACAAAAUACUCCCAAUGCAGGCGCAUCUACGCCUACUACAACGCAGGCUGCCGCUGGCGAGUACGAGCUGGAGGACGAUGAUGAUCUUCCUCCGCGAGAGGAAGUCGACAUUGGAGAGCUUCCUUCGGCCAAGUCGCACUCGCCAGCCUCAGGCAUGGCGAAGGAGGCUACAGAUGCUGAAGAUGCUGCACAGGCAGAAAGAGCGAGAGCAGUCAAAGAAGAGGAAGAUCGUCGCUUGGAGGCAGAAGAAGUUAAAGCCAUCCCCAAGACCGCCGGCUUUGACUUCCAGGCGAUCUCGCGAGAACUCGGCAAAGACAUUGACGUCGACAAGCUUCGUGAGCCCGAGCCUCGCAAGCUCCCACCUCUGCACGUUCCCCUCUCUGAGCCUCGCCCUCUAGAGAGGAGUGGUUCAGCUCCUCCACCUCAUGAUUUUGCCCCUCCGCCUGUUGAUGUUGCUUGGUCUUCUACGGCACCCGAUAACGGCAAGAGCUCGAGAUUCUUCCCAGUCGAGCUGGACGACGGCGGUGACAUAUCCGGUAACACCUACAAGGUCAGACAGAUGUCUUUGGCCGAUGAUAUGCCCAGCUGGGGCAAUCCAGAGCCGGUGACAUCCCCAUCACCAGACACAGGUCACCAAUCGUCAUCUACAGGCUCCAAGUGGGCCUGGAAUACAUGGGGGUCAAGCUCAAGUUCUACCGGCACAUCCACUCCUGGCCUCAAGCUCCCAAAGGCUGCGCCUCCCGCCAAACCUCAUCCUCCAGAGUUCCUGAAUGCAUGGGGAGACAGUGAGGCGUCUGGUGGAUUUGCAAGCAGUAUAGAGGUCAAUUCAGGGAUGAACUCUGCAGCGGGCUAUCGAGCAGAUAAGAUGAGAAUAGACGAGGAGAGAAUGGCGGAGGAGAAUCCUUGGUAA